UCCACACCAAUUUGCAACACCUCCAUCAUAUCAUCUUUUAACCCUUUAUUUCUUUCUCAUUUAAGCUCAUUCUUUUGGCAUUUUGUUUCUUUUUUGUGUAGAAACUUUGUUUAUUUAGCGAAAAAAAAUGGUGAACGUUGAUGAGAUCCGUAAGGCACAACGUGCCGAAGGUCCUGCCACUGUAAUGGCAAUUGGAACUGCAACUCCACCCAAUUUUAUAGAUCAAAGUGAUUACCCUGAUUAUUAUUUUCGUGUUACAAAUAGUGAGCACAAGACAGAAUUGAAGGAAAAAUUCAAGCGCAUGUGUGAAAAGUCUAUGAUCAAGAAGCGAUACAUGUAUUUGACAGAGGAAAUUUUGAAAGAAAAUCCUAAUGUUUGUGCUUACAUGGCACCAUCAUUGGAUGCAAGACAAGACAUGGUGGUAGUAGAGGUACCAAAGUUAGGAAAAGAAGCAGCAACAAAAGCAAUCAAGGAAUGGGGUCAACCAAAGUCCAAAAUCACUCAUCUUGUAUUUUGUACCACAAGUGGUGUGGACAUGCCUGGUGCUGAUUACCAGCUCACAAAACUCUUGGGACUUCGUCCAUCAGUGAAGCGUUAUAUGAUGUACCAACAAGGGUGUUUUGCUGGUGGUACGGUGCUUCGUUUGGCUAAAGAUUUGGCUGAAAACAACAAGGGUGCUCGUGUGCUUGUGGUUUGUUCAGAGAUCACUGCAGUGACAUUUCGUGGUCCUAAUGAUACUCAUCUUGAUAGCCUUGUUGGACAAGCCUUGUUUGGAGAUGGUGCUGCUGCUGUGAUUGUUGGUUCAGACCCAUUACCAGAUGUUGAGAGACCUUUGUUUGAGCUAGUGUGGACUGCACAAACAAUUCUACCAGAUAGUGAAGGAGCUAUUGAUGGACAUCUUCGUGAGGUUGGACUUACAUUCCAUCUUCUCAAGGAUGUUCCUGGACUCAUCUCAAAGAAUAUUGAAAAGGCUUUGGUUGAAGCCUUCAAACCAUUGGGUAUAUCUGAUUAUAACUCUAUCUUUUGGAUUGCUCAUCCUGGUGGACCAGCAAUUCUUGACCAAGUUGAGGAUAAAUUGGGCUUGAAGCCUGAAAAAUUAGAAGCCACUAGACAUGUGCUGAGUGAGUAUGGGAACAUGUCAAGUGCAUGUGUGUUGUUUAUUUUAGAUGCAAUGAGGAACAAAUCCAAAGAAAAUGGACUUGCCACAACUGGUGAAGGGCUUGAAUGGGGUGUGUUGUUUGGUUUUGGUCCAGGACUCACUGUUGAGACAGUUGUGCUACGUAGUGUUGUUGUUUGAUGUGACACAUCUUUUUAUUUGUAUGAUUUCUUAAUAUUUUCAUUUGUGCUACGUAGUACUUUUGUUUGUAUGCCAAUAAAUAAGAAUGUGUUAUAUUUAAUGCAAAUAAUAUUACAAAAUUAUUGAACGAAAUUCGUUUAAUAGCCCCAUUUUUUGGGGAUCUAUUUGAUAA